CAUUCGAAGGGGUUGGCGAGGGCUGCCGACUUGUUUGUGGGGUUACAAUUCGUUCUCGGGCAACUGCAACUUUAAGACGUACAGGAUCAGGAUCGAAAAGAGGAGGGAGAGAUCAAGUUAGAUCAAAUUUCCGAGAAGGUUUAUCAACAGGAGGCUCAAUAUCGCCAGAAGUAACUGUUGACGAUUUAAAUUCUAUAAGUGAGCAAGCAGUACCUCUAGAACCCCGAGGUCGUCCUCUUCCCCUUCUUGAUGUGGUCUGGCUAAAUAUUUCGUCGGCCAUGAUCAGAGUUAAAAAGUCAA